AUGUCUACCGCAUCCGAGCAAUCCUAUGAGCACAUUAUCGUGACACACCCAGCUCCUCGAGUCGCUCUAGUCACUCUUAACCGCCCAAAGGCACUGAAUGCCCUGUGCAAUGCCUUGAUCGCUGAAUUGAAUACCGCUUUCAAGGCUUUGGAUCGGGAUGACAAUGUUGGUGCUAUUGUAUUGACCGGCAAUGAGAAGGCGUUCGCAGCUGGUGCCGAUAUCAAGGAGAUGAAGGACAAGACCUUCGCUGAAGUCUACAAGCACGACUUCAUCCGCUCAUGGAGUGAGAUGACCCAGGUCACGAAGCCAAUUAUCGCUGCCGUUCGCGGUUACGCUUUGGGAGGAGGAUGUGAGCUUGCAAUGAUGGCCGAUAUCAUUUACGCCGCCGACACCGCAACCUUCGGGCAGCCCGAGAUCAAGCUGGGUAUCAUCCCCGGCGCCGGUGGAACCCAGCGUCUUCCUCGUCUCAUCGGCCGCUCCCGCGCUAUGGAGCUCAUCCUGACCGGCCGCAACUUCUCCGCUCAAGAAGCCUACAGCUGGGGUAUGGUUGCUCGCCUCUUCCCCUCCACCCGCGUUGUUGAGGAGGCCGUUUCUACCGCAGAGCAGAUUGGAAAGGUGGGUGGAUUGGCUGUUAAGGCCGCAAAGGAGGCAAUCAACUUGGGUGAGGAGAUGGGGUUGGGUGAAGGAGUCAAGUUUGAGAGGAGGUUGUUCCACGGAUUGUUCAGCACUGCUGAUCAGAAGGAGGGUAUGGCUGCGUUCGCAGAAAAGAGGAAGGCUCAGUUCAAGCACGAGUAA